AUGGCUGACAGUGGUACUAAGCGCAACAUUCCCAUUAAACUCGGCGACUUUAGCGUCAUUGAUAGCGAAUUCUCAAAUAUCCGCGAACGAUUCGAUGCCGAGAUGAGAAAAAUGGAGGACGAGAUGUCUAGAUUCAGGAGCGAACUUAUGAAUCGGGAGAGUAAUAAUUUCUUCAAGACUACUUCAAGUUCAACCACGCAGCAAAGUACUCAGCACAACAGCUCAGUCGCUCCUCAACAUGACUCCCGAACCUGGUUGGACGGUCUCAACAGCCCACUCAUCCAGGAUGAGGGUGACAACAAAAUGCUGAAGCUCAGAUUUGAUGUCUCUCAAUACACACCUGAGGAAAUAGUUGUCAAGACGGUCGACAACAAGCUCUUGGUCCACGCAAAGCACGAGGAGAAAACAGAGAGCAAAUCGGUGUACAGGGAAUACAACCGUGAAUUUUUACUCCCAAAAGGAACCAACCCUGAGACUAUUAAAUCAUCCCUCAGCAAAGAUGGUGUUUUGACUGUCGAGGCUCCACUUCCAGCGUUGGGCGCCGGAGAAAAAUUAAUUCCCAUCGCCCACAGCUAA